AUGCCUCAUAGCCAUGGCCACUCACUCAGGAGAUUCUACAGUGCCCCACCACUCUCUGCCAUGGAAUACGGCUCUAAUCCUAUAAGCUUUGAAGAUGGAUUUUGCUUGCCCAGCAGCUGCCAUAGCAGAACCUGGCUCUUGGACAAUGUUCAAGAAACCCACAAUGAAACAACCACCAGCUGCCACCUGACCAAUUGUGAAAAAGACCUUGUCACAGAGGAUAGCCGUGUGCAGAGUACCUGCCUCCCCAGAGUUGUCCAGACAACUUACUGCAAUCCCAGGCCCUGUGAAAGGACAACAUGCCAAUCAGAAACUGCCUUAGCAGCGUUGGAGUGUGUUUCUCAGCCUUACCAGUCUGGAAGCAGUCAGCAAAUGGGUUUUGUUGUCCAGUGUCACCAACCAGCAAGCUACUUGGAAGAGAGCUGCCUAUCUAAGACUUCUAUGUCUACGUGUUGCCAAACUCUGGAAUGUGAAUGCAGCCAAGACCAAUCUCAGAGAUCUGAAUCCAGUUCCUGUAGACCUUUGGUUAAUGUUGCACCUGAGCUCCAACUCUUGGAAUCUUCCAGCACUUAUGAACCAACUUGUUGUGUUACUGGUGGUUUGCAAUUGCCUAGUAAGUGA